UACAAACACUGUGGAACUACAAAUGAAUUGAAAAUGUCUGGUUUCUGGAUCUUAUUUAUGACCUUCAGCACCAUGUAUACAGUCCAUCCCGGUAGACACUGGGUUACUGCACAAUCUCCAACAAAGCCACAAGUUCAUCAGCCUGAUAAAGAGCUCAGUGUGAAUAUCGGAGACUCGGCGACUCUACAGUGUUGUGUAAAAAGAAAAAAACCUCAGCUCAUAGUCAGUUUUUAUAGGACUUCUGGAGAAACUUUUCACAAUGGAUUCCAAAAGUCUCAUUUUCGAAUAGAAAGACAUUCAAACUGCUUCAAUAUGAUCGUUUCAAGUGUCACUCAGUCUGAUGAAGCCAUGUACUAUUGUGCACUCACAUACCCAGACAUUGUGUUUGGAGAUGGAACUUAUUUACAAAUUAAAGGUGAUCAUGUUACUAUUGCAUCAGAAACAUCUAAAGCAGCUCUGUGUGAUAAUUCAGUGGUGUGUGAACCAACACCGCAUGGAAACAACACUAACACUAACACACAACACAACACAGUGAUCGGUUUGGGAUCGGCUUUGGGUUUGUGCGCACUUCUGAUUUUCUGUCUCACUUGUUUCAUACUGAGGAGAAGAAAACUUGAAACCUCUAGAUCUAACACUGCUGUAGAAGAUUCUCCAGGAACGAUGCAGGAAUCUGAAGCUGAAUCACUGAAUUAUGCGGCUUUGCAAUUCUCCAAGAGGAAAACCAAAGCUGAAAAAAGAAAACCCGUCUCAUCAGAUGAGUGUGUGUACUCUGAUAUUCAAGAUCUCAGACAAAUAACAACAGAACCUUAG